GAUCCUCUUACAGACAAGUAAGCGGCCAAGAUGGACGUUGUGAACCAGUUGGUGGCUACCGGGCAGUUCACUAUAGUGAAGCAGCCGUUGGGAUUCAUAAAGGCCCUACAAUGGAUCUUCGCUAUCUUUGCUUUCUCAACAUGUGGCAGCUACUCUGGCAUGUUCAAGAUGAGUGUGGAGUGUAAAAACCGCUCAGAGAGUGACCUUGGUAUUGAAGUAGAAUUUGAGUAUCCAUUCAGGCUCCAUCAGGUGUAUUUUGACGCCCCGACCUGUAAGGGGGGGAACCCUGAGCGUCUGUUCCUUGUCGGGGACUACUCCUCGUCGGCCGAGUUCUUUGUCACCAUCGGUGUCUUCUCCUUCCUGUACUCCAUGGUAGCCCUCUUCGCAUACAUUUUUGUCUUGGAGAAAUACCGUGAAAACAACAAGGGCGCCCAGAUUGACUUUGUGGUGACGGCUGUGUUCACCUUCAUGUGGCUGGUGAGCUCGGCUGCCUGGGCCAAGGGCUUGUCAGACGUGAAGACAGCCACGGACCCAGACAGAGUCAUUACUCUCAUUACCGCUUGUGACGAAGAGGAGAACCGCUGCCGUGAGGUCCAUGACCCCAAAGUCUCAGGCCUCAACACUUCUGUGGCCUUUGGAUUUAUUAACUUGAUCCUGUGGGGAGGAAACCUGUGGUUUGUGUUCAAGGAGACUGGCUGGCUGGGAGCCUUCGCCGGCACAUAUGCCCAGCCUUCCCAGGAGAAGCAGCCUGCGCCUGACUCCUUUGCCCAGCCAGGGUAUGGCCAGGAGGGCUAUGUGCAACAGGACCCCUAUGCUGGCUCCCAGGGAGGCUACCAGCCCGAGUACGGCCAGCAGGGAGGCUACGAGGGCGGAGACUACAACCAGGGAGGUUAUGAGCAACAGGGUGGCCCCACCUCCUUCGCCAAUCAGAUGUGAGCUUGUCCACUGAAGGACAGCUUCUGGCUGGGUAACCUUGUGAUAUUGAAGUGUGGUGCCUGACCACCACCUACAAAUCCACACUCCUCUGUUUGUCUUUGUGCAUCUGUGAGUUGACAAGAGGAGGGAGGGAGGAAGGGAUGGAGGGAUAGAGAAAGGUAGAGUUUGGGGAAAGGGAACUAUAUUAGGAUAGGGUUAUGGGAUGAGAGGGAACUUGGGUCCUAACUGUAACAUGCUGUUUAUUCUCGUGAUGUAUUUAACUGUAGAAGACAACAGGGGAUUGUCCGUUUGGUUAUACGAGAAAAACUGGAAUACAUUACCAAAACAUUUAUGGAAAAACAAUUCAGAUAUAAGGGACUAAGACAUACAUUUCUGAAAAUAAUGGUAGUAAUAUUAAUUUGGGAGAAUGUAUUUGUCUGUGCUGUGUAAAUAUGGACAUAUGGAUAUAUUCCUAUAUGUACACAGUUGAAUAAUUGUGCACUCCAUAUUAGUUGUUAUACAACAAAUGUUGAGCACAGAGUUAUUCAAUUGCAUUUACUUCAGUUCUGUUUAGGAGCUCACAUAGUUCAACCCUCUUGUUGUUUCUCAUGUUUGUUUGUGUUACCUUUUUAUGUAUGACUCAUUCCAAAAUAUUUGUAUUUAUUCUUUUCACAACAGAGGGACAUCUUUGUUAUUUUGUCAUUGUGCUUUUGUAUUUGUUCAAAAUUACUGAGUGAGUUGGAGGGGACUUCAUAGGGAUGACGGUUGCUGAUGAGAGGAUGGAUGAAGUUUAAAGCAAAAAAGAAAGCAAAAAGGAGGACGUAGAGAGAAAAGUGAUGUGAUAGCAUCUUAAAGUGAUGUAUGAAGAAGUGGGUAAUGUUUUGGUAGGGAAGAUUACAUUUCAGAUUUUCCUUUUUUUCUCUCAAAAGAAAUAUUACUUUUCAGCAAUGACUGAACUACUCUCAUGCUACACAGAAAUAUAAAAACGCUGAGAUUUAAAAGGUUAAUUUGCAUUAAGAUUUUGAAAAGCAGUUAGCAUGGUAGCAUCUAGAAUUGGCUGAUACUAGGUUGUUCUAAAAAAUGCUGUAGUGCACUACCAAUGUAAAGCAGGGAAGUCAGAAACAGUUUAGGGGCAUUUGUUUGUGAAGAUUUUAAGUGUACCCUUUCUCAUCAGACAUUUGCAUCAGACAGAUUCGAUUUCAUUAUCAAACAUUGACUUGUUCUGAUGGUGCCUUUUAUGUGGUCCAUGAAUGAGUCAGAGUCCUGUAGUUUUUAAAUCAUCAAUCUACAGUCUGAUAUACAGCCAAGCUAAGUCAUAAUCACAUUCUAGGUACGAUGGAAACUAAUGGGGCAAAAUAUCAGGGCCAUACAUAGGAAACAAACACAGUGUUUACUAAAGUGCUCUGAAAAAUAUCUCCCUGGAAAAUGUCUGGAAAAUGUCUGCACAUACACACCUCUCCUCUCAUGCCCCUUUACAAAGGUGUUUAUGCAUGUCUCACUUCUUGUCCAAAAACAGCCCUGAAGAAAACAGAGAACUAAGACUUGCUAAAGUUAUAUUGUUAUAUAAUAACAUGUUUGGCCAUUGUAAGGUUACUGUACAGCAUAUAGGAGCACUACUACAUUUUACACAAAACAUAGAAUACAGGUGCUAAAAUCAUAUAAUUUCAAGUAUACCUGUUUUACUGCCAAUCGUUGGUUUGGGUAGAAGUCAAAUGUAUUGCCAAUUUUUUUUUUUGAUUGGGGUCUUACGUCCACAGUGCUCAUCAUGUGUUCCAUCUGUGAUCCAUUGGAUUGAUUCAUUUUUUAUCAGGGUUCUUUGAAUCAGGUGGUGUAGAGGCACCUCACUUUUUUUUCUUCCUCUGUGGUAAAAAUCUCUCUCUCUCUCCACUGCUUUCUGUCUCUGUCUUUCUCUCACUUUAGCUCUUAUAAAUAUGCUCAAAUGAAAUAUACUCAGUAUGUUGUUAGUGGUGAAUGAUGUCUUGUGAUACUCUCUACGCCUUUGGAUAGUGCUGUGUGUAUUGUGUAUUCUUAUUAGUAUUUAUGAAAAUGAUUAAAAGUAUGAACAAGAUUCUCCAGAAUUCUACUGUAUUCUUAUUCUAUGGAAUCCAUGUGAAACAAAAUGAAAUAAACUUGAAAUUAUU